AUGGCGAACACAUCCAGCAGUUUCAGCUCCGGGCAAGCCGAAUGUGGCUCCUCUACGUCGAGGCACCAUGAUGCCAACGGCUCAGAGGUCCGCCGAUCGGAUCAGCCGCAUGCCGCCAACGUCAACCGGACCACGCCCAACGGCCAUGCGGCGGAACAAAACAACAACAACCAGAGCGGCGGGGCUUCCACAGACAUGCAAGACCGGACCAUCGAAGUUGUGAGAUGGCUCGCUCGCCUAGAGAAUGGAUCCAGCCGCGAGAGCGAGGAGGGCGAGUGGGAGAAGCUUUGUGAAGAGGACAAGCUGGCUUCUGAGAUCGAUCAGAUAUACAAGUCGUCUGGUGGUGCAUCGAAGAAAGGCUGA